GUGGCAGCAGUAGUAGCAGCAGCCGCGGCUCGUUCUUCCAGCGCGAGCGGGAGUAAGAGCUGGCUGAUCAUGGCUCUGCUGGGGCACAGCUUUGGAAGGACUCCGUGCUUUGGAGGGAGAAUGUGGUCGCCGCCGCUCCUCCUCCUCCUCGCUGUUUUGACCAUCUUUCCAGCAUGCGUAUUAUCAGCAAAGAUGUCCCCACUAAUAGAAAAAAUUAGUGAUCAGAAGGACUUCAAGAAACUCCUGAGAACACGGAAUAACGUAUUGGUGCUCUAUUCCAAAUCUUUGGCAGCUGCUGACAGUUCGCUCAGCUUAUUGUCUGAUGUAGCCCAAGCAGUGAAAGGCCGAGGUACUAUAUCGUGGAUAGAUUGCAGUGAUUCGGAGAGCCGAAAACUAUGCAAGAAGAUGAAAGUUGACCCUAGUUCGAAGGAGAAAGGUGUAGAGUUAUUACAUUACAAGGAUGGCGCCUUUCACACUGAAUAUAGCAGAGCGCUCACGUUGAAGUCAAUGGUGGCCUUUCUAAAGGAUCCAGAAGGAGCUCCACUGUGGGAGGAGGAUCCUGAAGCCAAAGACAUCGUCCAUAUUGAUAGUGAAAAGGAACUUAAAAGGCUUCUGAAGAAAGAAGAUAAGCCUGUGCUGCUGAUGUUUUAUGCCCCUUGGUGUGGUGUCUGCAAAAGAAUGAUGCCAUCUUUCCAGCAAGCAUCCACAGAACUGAAGGGCAUGUAUGUACUUGCAGGGAUGAAUGUCUACUCGGCUGAAUUUGAAAAAAUAAAAGAAGAAUACAAUGUCCGAGGAUACCCAACUAUCUGCUAUUUUGAAAAGGGCAAAUUCCUGUUCAACUUUGAGAACUAUGGUGCUACACCAAAGGACAUAGCAGAAUGGCUGCAAAAUCCUCAGCCACCUAAGCCACAGACCCCUGAGAUUCCUUGGUCAGAAGAGGAUAAUGCCGUGUAUCACCUAACAGAUGAAGACUUUGACAAGUUUAUCAAGGAACAUUCUUCUGUAUUAGUGAUGUUCUACGCACCAUGGUGUGGGCACUGUAAGAAAAUGAAGCCGGAAUAUGAGAAGGCCGCUGAGAUGCUCCAUACAGACAAUGAUAGACCAGGUGUCCUGGCAGCAGUUGAUGCUACUGUCAACAAAGCUGUCGCAGAAAGAUUUCACAUAUCAGGAUUUCCAACGCUCAAGUACUUCCAGGAUGGAGAGGAGAAAUAUAUUUUGCCACACCUCCGAACAAAGAGUAAAAUUCUCGAAUGGCUCCAGAAUCCUCAGGCACCACCUCCACCUGAACCAACUUGGGAAGAAAGACAAACAAGCGUUAUUCAUCUUGCAGGCGAAGACUUCAGGGAAUCUUUGAAGAAAAAGAAGCACGCCCUUGUAAUGUUCUAUGCCCCAUGGUGCCCACACUGUAAGAACUCCAUCCCACAUUUCACAACAGCUGCAGAACUCUUUAAAGAAGAUCGAAAGAUUGCCUAUGCUGCAGUGGACUGUGCCAAAGAACAGAACCAUGACCUGUGUAAGCAAGAAGGUGUGGAUGGUUACCCAACCUUUAACUACUACAACUAUGGAAAAUUUAUAGAAAAGUAUAAUGGAGACAGGGGGGAAUCUGGCUUUUCGACUUUCAUGCGAACCCUCCGAGAACGAGACCAUGAAAAGAUAGGGAAGAGGAAAGACGAGUUGUAAUUUCUGCCUCAAAAGACGAUUUCCACUGCACUGUGAAUGGUCUCAGGGCCACUGGUACAAAGCCUGAGAUUUCAUGUCUUUUCAAACGGAGACUUUGUUUUUAUAAGCAGCCAUUGCCAUUUUGUACAAUUUUGAAAUAAAGUGAAAUCAUUUGAUUUUUAAAGAAAAAUCUAUGACAUCAUUGUUGCCAUAUUCUGUUGUGGAGAAGAAGAAAAAGAGAGAGAAGAAGAACAUUUUCUCACCAUUUGAUGCACCUAUGCCCAUUGAUAUUCCUAUGCAAUCUUUUUGUAAUCUGUAGGUUUGAUAGUGAUUUCCUCUGACAAGGUAAUUUCUGCAUUUUUAAUUUUCAAAGAAUAUUAUAUGUGAAAUGGCUUUUAAAAAAUGGGGGGUGGGAUUAAAGGAAGAUGCAAGAGAUCCAUCAGGAGCAAAUUCCAUUGAAAUGAGUGGAAACCGAAAGCAUAUUGGGGUCCCAGUAGACUCUGCCGGAGCCUCUUCAAUUGCAGUUAUAUAGGGUACGAGUGCACAGCACUUACUUCAGGAACCAGAUGCGAUUAAGUGCACUUUCAGUCCUUAUAGUCCACAUACUGGGUUGUCAGCCUGCACUGCCUCUCCCACACUGUGGCUGAUGGGACAUCUGCAAGAACAAGGCAGGGAGUAUUCAGUCUGAAUGCCAAGCAUGCUGACCAGCAGGCUAAAUUGCCUAUUAUCACACAGGCAACUUGGAAGCAAGGAACAGAAACAGUGCAUGCACUUCUAGUUGUGCUCCACAGGGCCAAACUGGUAGCAUGACUAGUUGUGACUAGGGCAUGCUCUUACAGGCUUGCAAAAAGUUAGACUUUUUUUUCCCCUUGAGAGAAUUUGGGACUAAUUUUUAAGGUGCUCAGGGAUAUUAGGGAAAUAAUGAAGACGCAUCAGCCAUUUCAGAUCUUAAUUGACUGUAGUGGUGUUUUGUUUUUUUAAUCUGCCGUUAUUGAACUGUUUACAUAUCUUUAUAGAAUGUAUAGGUUUGUUUUUUUCAAACAAAUGUCUCUGCGAUUGACACAUAUCAAGCACCGAAAUGACUCUCGUUGUAUGUGUUUGCAUUCAUGUUGUCAAACGCUCCUGUAAGCAUAGGAGUAGUGUAGUGCAGGCGUAAAGUUCUCCUUAAUUUAUGACCUGACCAUAUGAACGGCGUGCUAAGCAUUCGUUUGACCGUAUGUUUGACAGCGGCAUUGAUAUUUUUGAUAUGAAGAAACAUCAUGCAACAAUACUUGUUUGCGUUCCAAAGGCUUGUCUGUGUGUAUUAAAUCCAAAAAAGAGUAUGAUUUUUUUAAUUUUUUUUUAGAAUUCUAUGGAAGCUUUGAAAAAUAUUUGUUUUAGCCCUGUCAGCAGUGUAAGAAAAUACAGCAUUACUAGAACUAGCUUUUACAAGUCCGUAAUUGUGUGCUGAUUCUGUGAGGUGAGGGUGAUCUGGACAUUGUGUCUUCAUGGGGUUUAUUAUAUUUUUUGUGAUUUUCAAUUUGAUCAAAAAUAAUAAAAGUUCAAAAAUA